CUAGGGGACCCUUACUAAUGCAUGGAAAUGGUCCUGACAUUUUUGGGUGCCUCCACGAGGAUAAUAUUGGUAGGUUAGACAGGUCAAAAACAUACGUGGAUCGAGAUUUCUUUGGAAUUCCGAAUACAUUCUCAAUGGGAAAGUCAUCGCUGCAGCGAAAUGUAGUCGGUUUGUGGAGUAGCUCUUGAUCGCUGUGUUGAUGUGCCCCGGUCCCAUUCUUUCUCCAACCAUUCAGUCAGUGGGAAUGGGUGCUUGGCGAGUGGUCGAGCCGGUCGGCCAGAUCUUUCCGCCAGGUAAAUCACCUGUAGCUCUUCGCCAUGUGUUGUGGUUGCGCUCGUCGGUGCGCACUACCAAAGAUUUUAGUAAUCUGGCUCGACGACCAAGAAGCUUCCCUACCUACCUUGAUUCUAGAGGCAGACAUGAAUACCCAUUCAUAGUACCAUAGGAAAGAGUGCUGCUGUUCCAAUUGGGAGAACAACUUUCAGUUAAGCCCUCCACAAAGCUGGGCAUGUUUUUCGGACUUGGAGCCUUCCAUGCCCCGUGAUUGACAAGGCUAUGGAGCCUUUGAUUGCUCCCGGGAGCCUUCGAGAGGAGGUUCCGGCCACCCAGAGACGCUCACGGCCUCGAGGUCUCCCUGAUGGACAGCCAGACCAACACCGAUCCACCCCUGGUUCUCGACAUGCUUAUAAUAAGUACGCACACAGCUCAAGAAACCAUCGUCCGUGUCGCAGUUGCGGUCAAAUCCAUUCUCAUCACGAACCGCAUCUUUACAACUACACUGACGAGGUAGACGAGGACCUCAUGUGCCAAAUUUGCCUUCAACCCUUUGUGCAGCCUGUGGACACGCCUUGCGCUCACACCUUUUGCCACGUGUGUAUUUCGAACUAUCUGAAAAUCAAUCCAUUGUGUCCUUUGGAUCGGAAACCACUCUCGGAAAUGACCAUUAAUCCCACUAAUUUGGUCCUGAAAAGGCUGUUGGACAAGCUGGAGGUGAACUGUCCAAACGAGGAUUCUUGCGAAGAGGUGGUAAGCCGUGGAUCAUUGUCGGAUCAUCUUCGUUAUCGUUGUCUGGGUACCUUGGUAGCUUGUCAAUUUGCCAGUGCUGGCUGCGAAUACCGAGGGCCCACCAAGUCCAUGAACAAGCACCAAAACGAGUGUCAAUUCAAGAAAGAAGGUAUUACUCGCUUGCCAAUUCUGGAGGGGGAAGUGUCCCAUAUUGAGAUUCCCAGGACGCGUCCCAGUUUGGGUAUGACCAUUGUCGGUGGAUCGGACACGCCGUUGCGAUGUGUGGUAGUGCAAGAAAUCUAUCCCGAUGGGCUAAUGGCUCAAGAUGGGCGAUUGCGUCCCGGGGACCAAAUCAUCGAGAUCAAUGGCAUUGAUAUGACCCGGGCCAACCACAGUCAGGUGUGCACAUGUCUGCGAAAGAUGGGAUCGGUAUUGAGAUUGGGCAUCUACCGAGAGCGAAUUGAGAAGUAUUCAGUGGAAGUUUCAAAACGACCACCUCGCGAGAUGAUGUCGAAGGCGACGACCAGUCUUGCUUCCUCUUCCUCCUCCUCCUCCUCGUUCUCCAGUAACACCACCACCACCAACACCACAACGAUCGCUUAUACGGCGACUGGUCCAUCGUUGGGAGGUAGAGGAGUAACCCCGUCCGCUUGUUCUUCUGCCUCAUCUCAAUCGUCCUCCAAGGUGCCUCCAACUCCUCCCCGAAGUGAGGAACUUCUGACAAUCACUUUAGAACGAGAGACGUCGAAACAGUUGGGAAUCCGUUUGAGUGGGAAAUGUUCCAUGCCUGGGGUGUAUAUUGUAGAUAUUCAAGAUGGCAGCACAGCCGCUUUAGACGGGAGGAUUCAGAAGUUCGACCGUCUCAUGUUCAUCAAUGGACAGGAUGUGAGGCACGUGGGAUUGGUUCAGGCGACCGCCCUCAUCCAGAAUAAUGAUAAAGUCAGUCUUGUGGUUGGACGGUCCCCUCACACGCAUCUAUAUCUGAAAGACCUGGAACACCCCGAUGGAGACGAGGAUGCCAUUUCCAAUUGCUCUGCCAAAGAAUUCACCCAUACUCGCUCAAAGUCAGCUCCGGCCAUCAACCAAUCCCAUUUAUCCAAGAAUGAAUUGGGAUUUGGGCAUACUAUUGGCGACGAACAUGAUGAUGAUGAUGAUGACGACGACGACGACGAUGAACUUGAUGGCGACAUGGAUUCCGACGGAUACGAAACCGAUAAAAGUGAUUUACGCCCCAGUACUGCCGGCGAGGCCCCCAAUCGCGACCCGUAUUCACGCCCUUCUUCCUUGGAACAAUCUGAUUGUCGGGGCAUAAGUUCCGAACAUUUGUACGAUAAUCUCAGCCAGCCUUGGGAUCCAUUAGAUAAAAAGCGAAUCCAAAAGGAUGACGACUACAUGGCCAUAUACGAAACUAUCGACCGAGCAUUAUCUCGAAAAGAACAAUUGAAAGAUGUGAAGAAAGCCAAAAGCCAGUCUAUGGAAGCUCUGGAGACCCCCACACCUUCUGUGAAGUCUUUUGAGUUCCCUUCUGCCGAAGUGAGCUUUCACAAAGGCCCACAUAAUGAGGGUCUCGCCGUUGAAGGGCGCUGUUACAAUAUUGCUAUGAAAUAUGCCACAAAGCAGAAAGAGACAGCUUCCCCACAUUCACAACACAACGCUGGUUCUGCGGCCAACGGAGCCACGACUAAUUGUUCCAAAAGAAAGGGAUCUCCCAAAGAGGAGAAUAAUCUGAGCAAUGACAAGGCUCUUGCCAAGUCCAAUGUCUCGAUAUCAGCGACCAAACAAGACAGUGGCACGUCCAGCAAUGGCUCCAUUGGCCCAAGUUUGGCAUUUUCUUCUGUUGCUGCUUCAUCCAAGAGUGACAACUUACAUCAUGCAGGGCCCUCUGGAACCAGCGAUGAUCGGGGCCGGAAGGUCAUAUCAACCAAUGGCUUCCACGCUAAUGCUAAUGAGGCCUCAUCCAACUCAAUGUCCCUGUUCUUGCGCCGGGCUUUAAAACAACCUCAGGAAGUUCGCUCGCUCCAGGAGCGAUUGGUGAAAAUUACCAAGAAUGCUCGCGAAAGUCUGGGGAUGAGAAUUGGAGGAGGAAUUGGAAGUAACGAAGGAGAUACGCCUAUCUAUGUCGCUAACAUCCAUCCACAUGGCUGCAUCGGGAAAUCAAAGCUCCUCAAGAAAGGCGAUGUCCUCCUCUCUGUGGACAAUGUCAGUUUGUUUGGAUUAACUCAUGCACAGGCUGUCACGGCCUUGAAGGCCACCAUUAGUCGUUCUCAGGUGGCUUUGGGCGUGAUGGAUGGCCCAGAGACGUCCUACGGUGCUUCCAACUUCAUACCGAGUUGGAUGUUCUGGCAAAAGCUGCCCAGAAGCCUUCAAUAUCCGAAGACAGUCAUUCUCCACCGAAAAGAGCACCGAUCUUGGGGAUUUUCCAUUGUGGGCGGAGCCAAAGACGAGCACUCUCUUGAAAUUGAACCCAUUCAUGUCUUAUUUGUGGUCCCAGGUUCUCCCGCAGCCAAGGACGCUAAAAUCAAGUGUGGGGAUCGCCUACUGGCAGUUGAUGGAACAAGUUUGGAUAGCAUCGAUCAUUCUUUGGCCGUCACGAUGUUGAAACAAACAAGUACGCGAGUCCUACUCGAAGUGGUCUCCUGGCUUGGAACAGAACUGUGAUCAGUCCAUCAACCAACUUUCUCUUCCUUGAUGAAGGUCUUGCAUGGUACAAGAAUUCAUAUCAUCAUCAUCAUCUUCAACAACAACAACAACAACAAUAACAACAGCAGCAACAACGUUUUCACCAUUAUCAUCGUCUUGUAAAAAGCGAUGAAAACGCGAUACGACACAUAUCAUCAAUCCAAGCAUAAUCAGUAUAGUUUCGAAAAUGAAUUUACAGAAUCAUUUUGUUAAGUAAAUGGCGUUUCAUUUGUUCAUUAUCACCGGCAAAGGAUUUCUCAUAAUGUUGUACCAUUGGAACGAUCCCCAUUUCAUGCAAAGACUGCGUCGUUCAUCAACAGUUUUCUCUGACUUGCUCAGUGCUGAGAAGCGAAUGAAUGUUAAUCCGUACGUACUCCGUACUGUAGGUGAAAAACGGGAAGUACUUUAAUGCCCAAGGUCGCUCAUAAACAGAGUACUCAAUCAAUGGCCGAA